GAGUACCUGGGGCCAGCUCCCUAUACCCCACCCCCGUGGCUUUAAACUUUAAUAGGCAGAAGUUAGGCAGGUGCCCCAGCAGCCGAGCCAGGUUGUUCUCUCCAGGGUUCAGGCUGUUAGUGUGGAGCACCCCAUGGUCAGGCCCAGUUCCCUGGAACCCUGGCAGCCAAAACAGAAAUGGGGGCCUGGGCAGAAAUGCCAUGAGCCAUCGAGUUCAGGGACCUUUAGGAGCACCCUGGUAGAACUCUCAUGUCAGGGUGGGGCUGGGAGACCCUAGAGAGCUGUGGCACAAGGUUAUAUAUCGGUCAACCCAAGGAUCACUUGGAGCUCCAGCAAGGAGACAUCGGAGAAGACAGAAACCUCCAGAACCCUCCUGAGGACAAACCCCACCCGCCAGGGGCUGCAUGGACAUCCCCAUCAGCAGCAGAGACUUCCGCUGCCUGCAGCUGGCCUGCGUGGCCCUCAGCCUGGUGGCCGGCAGCAUCAUCAUCGGUGUGUCUGUGUCUAAGGCAGCGGCUGCCAUGGGCGGUGUCUUUAUCGGUGCCGCUGGGUUGGGGCUACUUAUCUUGGCCUACCCCUUUCUGAAGGCCCGGCUCAACCUGGACCACUUCUUGCCUGCCAUGGGGAACCUGAGAGUCCACCCCAACUCAGAGCCAGACCAAGGACAGGGGAGAUCUGACACUAACGGCAAUAAGGAAGGAGCCCGCAGCAGCCUGUCCACUGUGAGCAGGACUCUGGAGAAGCUGAAGCCAGGGGCCCGGGGCACCGAGGAGGGCUAAGAUGCUGCCCUGGCCUGGCCUGGCCUGCCCUGGCCACACUGGCUGCCUGUUGCCACCCCCCGCCCCCAGCUCAGUAGGUACUGGGGCUAAGGGUGGAAGAUCCAAGCCAAAGGUGAACCAGGCCCUGAAGACAUUUGACCUGGAUUCGUCCAGCCAAGUCUCUGCGGAAGGGAUCCUUCGGGCAUGGGGUGGGGCACAGGGCAUGAACCAAAGGGAUCAGGGCCCCCUCUUCCAGGCUGCCCCGAGGCCUUUCUCUCUGAGCUGCAGCUCAGCUCUGCUCCUGUCUGGAGUUGCUGAGCUGUUUUCCUCAGAACCAAAGGCUCCAUCCAUGGUCCACAGAUACCACCUACCGGGGUAUCUGUGUCCCUCAGCCCUGCCACCUGGUCCUGGGCAUCCAGAGCUCACCAGCAGACAGGGGUGCAUCUUCCGGGCCACACUCUGGGCAUCGGUGGGUCAGAUGGGGACAACACACCCUUGAAAAGCUCCUCACACAUUGACUGACACAAACAGGUCAACCCUGCCGUGACAGGUGUCCAAGGGGGCCUGGAGCUGGCUGGAGAGAUGCUCUUCAAGCUGAGCCUCUGGGUGUGAGCACCACUCCUCA